AUGGAUAGAAACGGGUAUGACCUGGUGAGUGAAAAGGAUAGGCUGCUGCCGCGAAGAGCAGCGUGCGAAGAUCCCAGGAAACGGAAGAUCAAAAAGACCAAUUUCGGACUUGGGGUAGUGGUUGCUACAGUUUUAUUUCUUUGGUGGUCGAUAUAUGCGAUACCCAGUCUUCUAUCGAUUGGUAAUGACGGAAAUGAUGAUAAUGAGAGGGAGUUGAGCUUUGACGAGAUUGUUCCAAGCGAGAAGCUAGAAUGGCAUCCAUGUUAUCGAGACAUUGGAACCUACAAGUGUGCUCGUCUCACUGUGGCGAUGGACUACAAACGGUCAUUAGACGCAUCUCCUGAGAACCCAAAAGUCCAUCUUGCCCUUUUACUAGUUCCUGGAGUACACACAGGAUCUCAGCAAUACUCUACUUCUCCACUGCUCAUUAACCCAGGCGGGCCAGGGAAUCCUGGAGUCAUUAGUGCUCUUACAAUUGGAAAAAUGAUUCAGGGAGUCGUCGGUUUGGAUCAAGACAUCAUCGGCUUUGAUCCACGCGGUAUUGGCGCUACUACUCCCAGUGCAGACUGCUUCUCAUUUCCGUACAAUGACGAGACAGACGAAGAAGAUCGAGUCAAAGGGGAUUACCACCGGCUGCUAUGGUCUCUUGGAUCCAGAGAGGUCGGUGCGGUAAAUUCGAGUAAUGUUGCUCUUCAGAAAAUUGACGCUCGUGCAAGAGCUUUGUCGAAAUUGUGUCAAGAGAAGGACUUGCUAAGAGGUGACGACAGUGUUUUUCGACAUUUGAGCACACCUUCCGUUGCGAGAGACAUGCUCAGUAUUGUAGAUGCUUGGGACGAAUGGACCGGCAAACUAAGCUCUGAGGAUCGGCAAGUUGACGAUGAGGAUGUUGAAAUUGAGGAUAGCACUAGUGAACCACCGUAUAGUCUAGACACUAAGGGCAAGCUAGUAUACUGGGGGUUUAGCUACGGAACUUUACUCGGGGCCACCUUUGCAGCAAUGUUCCCCGAUCGAGUCGGUCGACUAGUCCUCGACGGUGUAGUUGAUGCCGAUCACUAUGUAUCACCUGUAUGGACAGGCAGUCUUCGUGAUACCGACGAGGUUUAUAAGUCUUUCUCAAGAUACUGCCACCAAGCCGAGGGAAAAUGUGCACUCUGGCGAGCAAAUGACACUAUUACCGAUAUUGCAGAUCGAGUCGAUGGUAUUUUUGCAGAUUUAAAAGAGAACCCUAUUUCAGUGAUCGAUCCUGACUCAAAGCUACCCUUCAUCGUAUCCUACUCUGAUGUCAAACUCCUUUUCUUCGUUGCACUUUAUGGACCGACAGAAAGCUUCAAUGCUGUCUCGCAAUUUUUGGAUCUAUUAGAUCGCGGACUGCAUUCAUUUCUCUCCACUCUCUUUAGAUGGCCUUCGCAAUAUGAGCUUAAAGCAUUCUGUGGACCACCUCCACCACCACAAUACUACCCGGGGGAAGCGCAGGUGUCAAUCAUAUGUUCUGACAAAAGAUACAUUCUCAACGAAACCCUUCCCGAACUCGAAACUCGAUUCGAACAACUGGCAAACCAAUCCUCAUUCGCUGACAUAUGGAUGACACUAAUGAUCGGUUGUGAUGGCUGGCCCAUCAAAGCAAUCGAUCCACCAAUGCGCUGGGACGACCAACCAACCCACAAAUCCAAGCCGAUAAACACAUCUUUCCCAGUACUCUUUCUCAGCAACACAAAUGACCCAGUCACCCCUCUCCACGGAGCCGUUAAGAUGUCUGGUAAAUUCACAGACUCGGGCCUGAUCGAGCAAAGAAGCGAAGGCCACUGCAGUUACGCUGCGGUCUCGAAAUGUACAAUCGCGAAGAUCCGCGCGUAUUAUAGAGAAGGGAAGGUGCCUCCGCAUCCGAAUAAGAAAGAAGGGAAGUGGGAUGUUUGCGAGGCUGAUGAGUGGCCGUUUCAUCCCUUUGAGUCGGUUGCUUGGGCACAGGAGCAUGGUGUUGAAGACCAGGCUGUCUUUGAAGCCAUGCAAUCGGCUAAAGAGCUCCAAAGCGUAUUUUAUGAAAAUACGGAUUUCUGGGGUGAGUCUAGUCGGUUGAAUCUGAACCAUGCGAGCGAGUUCUUUGUUUCGGGUUGA